ACCACACAGGUAGCUCCAACAAUGGCGACCGCGACCCUUUUCAUAUCUUUUUCACGAAACUUUCUCUCUCCUCCACAGUCUUCAUCGAGAAGGCAACGUAUCCCGAUUCCGGAGCUUCACUCACCGAUCCGAAUCAAUUGUUCCGCCACUAGGGAUGGUUCCACACCCAAGGAAGGCUAUUCUCAGUUCAAGGAACUCAGGAAUGUGGCUUGUGGUAUUCUGGCUGCUUGGGCCGUGACUGCUGCCUCACCUGUAGGUGCUGCUAAUCAGAGGUUGCCUCCUUUGUCAAGAGAACCCGACCGGUGUGAGCGUGCAUUUGUCGGUAACACCAUAGGUCAAGCAAAUGGUGUUUAUGACAAGCCCCUUGACCUCCGUUUUUGUGAUUUCACAAAUGAGAAAUCCAACCUCAAGGGGAAGACACUUUCAGCAGCACUCAUGUCGGAUGCCAAGUUUGAUGGUGCAGACAUGUCUGAAGUUGUAAUGUCCAAGGCUUACGCUGUUGGAGCCAGUUUUAAGGGCACAGACUUCUCGAAUGCUGUUUUGGAUCGAGUGAAUUUUGAAAAAGCUAACCUACAAGGAGCCUCAUUUAAGAAUGCUGUAUUAUCCGGCUCUACGUUUGGUGAAGCUCAGCUGGGAGAUGCAGUGUUUGAGGACACUAUUAUAGGCUAUAUUGAUCUUCAGAAACUCUGUACAAAUACAACUAUUAGUGCAGAAGGAAGAGCCGAACUUGGAUGUCGAUAAGCCGAGAUGGGUUUUCUCUCUCUUCCUUCAAUCUCCUAAAGAAUGACAGAUGUAAGCUGGUUUUUCUUAAUUUUUCAUUUUUAUUGUACACAGGAAGAACGAGUCAUUAUUGUUGAAGGCCAAUCUUUCAGUUUCUGUAUCAUCUUUGUAUUCUGCUUAGUAAAAAAAGGUACGGUUUUUGUAUGUCAAAACUUGCUUUGACCCACCUGACUGGAAGGGCAGUUAAAAUUUUGAGAACCGGAAAUUUAGGGCCACGUUUGGUUAGGUUUCCGGAAAUUGUUUUUUGUUCUCAAAAUUUUAAAAACACUCCAAACCUGUUAUA